UCACCUGCGACCAAAUUACCCCUUCUUGCAGUAGACCCCCGUCUCCUCUCUCUUCUACAACAAUCGUCUCUCUCGCACUCUCUCUCUUUUGAUGAAUCCUGCAUCGCAAUUUGGGGAUUGACUCGAUCCGACUCGCGACUUCUCCCCGCCGAUGACUCUGAUGACUCCUCCACCUAUCGAUCAGCAGGUGGACGACGAGAUGUUGGUCCCGCAGGCAGAAAUUGCCGAUGGUCCUCAGCCCAUGGAAGCACAAGCAGAAACUGUGAGUACAGUGGAUGCGCCAACAGUGGAAGAAACACCAACAGCUAGGUUCACAUGGACAAUUGAGAAUUUCUCAAGGCUGAAUGUGAAGAAGCUAUAUUCUGAUGUUUUCUUCGUGGGAGGAUACAAAUGGCGGAUACUUAUAUUCCCCAAAGGGAACAAUGUCGACCAUUUGUCUAUAUAUUUAGAUGUUGCGGAUUCAACGGCCCUGCCAUAUGGAUGGAGUAGAUAUGCCCAAUUCAGCUUGGCUAUUAUCAACCAAAUUCACAGCAAGUACUCCAUUAGAAAAGAUACACAGCACCAGUUCAAUGUACGCGAAAGUGAUUGGGGCUUCACUUCUUUCAUGCUUCUUGGUGAACUAUAUGACCCUGCCAGAGGUUAUCUUGUGAAUGACACAUGUGUGGUUGAAGCUGAUGUAGCUGUCCGUAGAGUUGUUGAUUACUGGUCACAUGACUCAAAAAAAGAGACUGGUUAUGUUGGACUUAAGAACCAAGGAGCCACUUGCUACAUGAACUCUCUACUUCAGACAUUGUACCAUAUCCCAUACUUCAGAAAGGCUGUGUACCAUAUGCCAACAACUGAGAAUGAUAAUCCAUCAGGGAGUAUUCCUUUGGCCUUGCAGAGUUUAUUUUAUAAGCUUCAGUACACUGACACUAGUGUAGCGACGAAAGAGUUAACAAAGUCUUUUGGAUGGGACACAUAUGAUUCUUUCAUGCAACACGAUGUACAAGAACUUAAUAGGGUUCUUUGUGAAAAGCUUGAAGAUAAAAUGAAGGGAACUGUUGUGGAGGGUACAAUACAGCAGUUAUUUGAAGGCCACCAUAUGAAUUAUAUUGAAUGCAUCAACGUGGAAUAUAAAUCAACAAGAAAGGAAUCAUUUUACGAUCUUCAGCUUGAUGUCAAAGGCUGUCGGGAUGUCUAUGCUUCUUUUGACAAAUAUGUGGAAGUGGAGCGUCUUGAAGGUGACAAUAAAUAUCACGCUGAGCAGUAUGGGUUGCAGGAUGCUAAGAAGGGUGUCCUAUUCAUUGACUUUCCCCCUGUUCUUCAACUUCAGUUAAAACGUUUUGAGUAUGAUUUUAUGCGAGAUACUAUGGUAAAGAUAAAUGAUCGCUAUGAGUUCCCUUUGCAACUUGAUCUUGACAGGGAAAAUGGGAAAUAUUUAUCACCCGAGGCAGACAGGACUGUUCGCAAUCUGUAUACGUUGCACAGUGUUUUGGUUCACAGUGGUGGGGUCCAUGGUGGGCACUAUUAUGCUUAUAUCAGGCCAACCCUCUCAGAUCAAUGGUUUAAAUUUGAAGAUGAGCGAGUCACCAAAGAAGAUGUGAAAAGGGCUUUGGAAGAGCAAUAUGGUGGUGAGGAAGAGGUACCUCAUACAAAUCCCGGGUUCAAUAAUUCCCCGUUUAAAUUUACAAAGUAUUCAAAUGCGUAUAUGCUUGUCUAUAUACGUGAAAGUGACAAGGAUAAGAUAAUCUGUAAUGUAGAUGAGAAGGACAUUGCUGAACACCUUCAGAUAAGGUUGAAGAAAGAACAAGAAGAGAAGGAGCAGAAGAAGAAGGAAAAAGCUGAGGCACACCUGUAUACUUACAUAAAGGUUGCCCGUGAUGAGGAUUUAUUUGAACAGAUCGGGAAGGACAUAUAUUUUGAUCUUGUGGAUCAUGAAAAAGUUUCUACUUUUCGCAUCCAAAAACAAACACAAUUUGUCCUUUUCAAGGAAGAAGUAGCCAAAGAGUUCGGUAUACCAGUGCAAUUUCAACGUUUUUGGCUGUGGGCAAAACGCCAAAACCAUACAUACCGUCCAAAUCGGCCGUUGACUCUUCAGGAGGAAGCACAGUCAGUUGGACAGUUGAGAGAAGUUUCCAAUAAGGCGAAUACUGCUGAGCUGAAGUUGUUUCUGGAUGUAGAACGUGGGCAGGAUUUGCAGCCUAUUCCUCCACCAGGGAAGUCUAAAGAGGAUAUUCUCCUUUUCUUUAAAUUUUACGAUCCUUUGAAAGAGGAGCUCAGGUAUGUUGGGAGACUCUUUGUGAAAAGUAGUGGUAAGCCAGUGGAAAUUUUACCUAAACUAAAUGAAUUGGCUGGCUUUGGCGCAAAUCAAGUUGUUGACCUUUAUGAGGAAAUAAAAUUUGACCCUGGUGUCAUGUGUGAACGUGUCGACAAAAAGCUCUCAUUCCGUCAAAGUCAGCUUGAAGAUGGAGACAUCAUCUGCUUUCAGAAAUCUCAAGUUGGAAAUGAACAGUACCGCUACCCUGAUAUUCCGUCAUUUCUUGAGUACGUGCAUAACCGUCAGGCUGUUCACUUUCGAUCGUUGGAGAAACCAAAAGAAGAUGACUUCUGUCUUGAGUUGUCAAAGCUACACACUUACGAUGAUGUUGUGGAAAGAGUAGCUCAUCAUCUUGGCUUGGAUGACCCAUCCAAAAUUAGGAUUACUUCUCAUAACUGUUACUCCCAACAACCUAAACCCCAACCUAUCAAGUAUCGAGCAGUUGACCAUUUGUCUGACAUGCUAGUCCACUACAACCAGACUUCGGAUAUUCUGUAUUAUGAAGUACUGGACAUCCCUCUGCCAGAGCUUCAAUGUUUAAAAACAUUGAAGGUUGCUUUCUAUCAUGCUACCAAGGAUGAAGUAGUGAUCCAUACUAUUAGAUUGCCAAAACAAAGCACCGUCGGGGAUGUGCUUAAUGACCUUAAAAGCAAGGUUGAGUUGUCUCAUCCUGAUGCUGAACUUCGAUUGCUUGAAGUUUUCUAUCACAAAAUUUACAAGAUAUUCCCACUCAGUGAAAAGAUCGAGAAUAUUAAUGAUCAAUACUGGACAUUACGUGCAGAGGAGAUUCCAGAAGAGGAGAAAAACAUUGGUCCUCAUGCUCGCUUUAUUCAUGUUUAUCAUUUUAUGAAGGACACAGCACAGAAUCAGCAGGUUCAGAAUUUUGGGGAGCCAUUUUUCCUCGUCAUACAUGAGAAUGAGACACUAGCUGAAAUAAAAGCUCGUAUACAGAAAAAAUUGCAGGUUGCUGAUGAAGAAUACUCAAAGUGGAAGUUUGCAUUUAUGUCACUUGGUCGUCCUGAGUACCUUCAGGACUCAGUUGUUGUGUCCACCCGAUUUCAGCGAAGGGACGUCUAUGGUGCAUGGGAGCAAUAUCUUGGACUGGAACACACUGAUAAUACUCCAAAAAGGUCAUUUGCAGCUAAUCAGAAUCGCCACACAUUCGAGAAGCCUGUAAGAAUCUACAACUAAGAAACAAUCAUGAGAACCCCCUAGUGCAAAUUUGGACAUAUCCAAUAUCCUGAUGACAUGUCCAGGUUUGCAAAAUAUUUGGAGAGAAGCUGAAAAGGGAACUCAUAUAUCAGGGCAAGAGCUGCUGAUGAUUUUGUUAGAUGUGUAAUUUUUUUUGUGGCAUGGACGACUUUUUAUCUUAUUCUCUGCACCCAUCAGUGGGUGAGGUAGGAGGUAAUUUAUCUUUUUAAACUCUGUAAUUUGGUAAAUAAGAUUUUGCAGAAGAGGCUGGGGGUGUAUAUAAAGAAUAGGUGUGUUGAACUUUUCUCUCUCAUAGCUUGUCUUUUCCUUUGUGAAAUUUCCUGGAUGUGCAAGGGAAUGGAGAGGUCUGUAUAAUGUUUUGGGUUGGUCAGUUCCAGGGCUUGAGGGAUUCUUUCAAAGCCACAUAUUUAUACUCUAAAAAAUUCAGCUUGGUUGUUCUUCCUUUCACAAGGAAAGUAUGGUAAAUGAAACAAUUUAUCCCAA